CCCGUCUAACCUAGCCAAUGAUUCUAUUACAACUUGAUCAGAUAACGGAAUAUUUUAAAAAUGAUUAUAAUAUUGAAAAAGACGCGACACUCGAAGAAUUUGUAGCAAUAAUCAAAGGAAUUCAAAUUGAAUUAAUAUCUAAACAUGUACUGAAGAACAAAUAUAGUUUUAUAAAUCAGAUAAAACUGCUUGCAACUGACCAACUAGCAAUCGGUUGGAUGGAGAAACUUAAUAAAUCAUGAAAAGUAUGAAUGCGUGAUUUUUAUUUAUUUUAAUUAUACUAAAAUAUCUAUUUAAUUAGGGUGUCGAAGAAAAUUACGGUCCGGAAGAUUUCUUCUCGCCUCCGUUUACUCAGAGUUGUAUGUCUCGGCCAAGCAAACAGUCAAAGAAGACGGUAAUCUUAUAAAUAAUAAUAAUAAUAAUAAUAAUAAAUAUACUUUAUAAUCAGGUGAACGAUGAAUACGAUGGACCCGCCCCCGCCAGAGACGAAACAAAAAAUUUAAAAGUAAAGAAAGUAUAUUAUAAUCAUUUGAAACCUUGAAUAUAAUUGUAUUAAUUUUUUAGGAUUUUUUCGAGACAUAUUAUUCAGCGAUGACACCAAUAGAAGCCGACAAUAUUAUAGCAGACGAAAACAAUUGUUUUUCUCAAUAUUUGUUUUGAUAUAUACAGUUUGUAUAAUAUUUAAAAAAUAAAAAAAUCUUUUUUCUCUAAAUCAUAUAUGUUUUUACUCCCGCCCAUAAAAAGGGCGGGACCACCUUGAGAUUCACCUAUCUAAAUACACCCACCCCAUUAAUACUAGCGGUAUUAGCGCCCCGGUAUCACACCACAAGACAGUCGUGAGUCUUCCGUCAAACGAGUCGCGUGUGCCUUAUUACUAACUUAUUUCGAGACAGUCGUGAACGUACAUAACAAAAAUGGCUAAUAAUCUGAUCGAUUGUACUACAUUUUUUGUUGAUAGCAAUAUUUUUAUAAAUAUAGGAUUAGAUCCUGAUUUUUUGUUAAAUUGCGUUAUAUGCGUCUCAAAUAACUUGCAGUGUGUUAAAAUGAGUGUUGAAUUAUAUAAAUCUCUAAAUAUAGCUCUUAACAACAUACAUUUUUUACUACCAUCUCAUUUACUGUUGGAGGAGUUUAAAUUGAUAUCAAUAGAAGAAUACAACGGUGACAACGUUCUCUCAAUAAAGUGUUUGCAACAGGAUCAAGAUGUGCAAUUAACUAAAGAGAAUGUUUCAAGGAUCUUGCAAUUAAGUGAUGCUAUUGAAGAAGUCAUUCAGAUGAAAAAUGUAUACACACGGUCUACUGCAUUAAAUCAGGCCAGUAAAAUUGCAAUGUAUCUUGGAAAGGAAAUGCCGUUACCCAAAGAUACAAAAAUAAACCAUGUUGAAGAUUAUUUGACCCGUAUCGAUGUCCAAGAAUUGAAAGAACAACUUCCGUUCGCUGGUCUUUGUUUAAUAGCAGAUUUGAAGAUUAAAGCAGUCAAACAAUUGGCAAGGGGUUGGUUAUCUUCUUCGAUCGAAACUAAGCCUGAAGUCAACAGGCUGACGACGAGGGAAUUCCUAGCACGUAAAAGGGCAAAAGCAACCCGCAGAUUAAGUUUUCAUCUAUAAUAUUUUAUUAUGUA